AUUCAUUACUUUUCUUUCUCUUUUUUGAAAAAUGAAGUUUCCUACUAUUGCCUUAUUAACUAUUUGUUCUCAAAUCGCGUUAUCUCAAGCGCUGUAUACAUCCAAGGAUGAUGUUAACUUACUAACACCACAGACAUUUGGUCCUGCCGUGAUGGAUACGAAUCAACUGGUUGCCGUUGAGUUUUACGCGCCAUGGUGCGGUCACUGCCAGCGACUCGCGCCCGAGUGGAAAAAGGCAGCAACAAAUCUGAAAGGUCUUGUCUCGGUCAAUGCAGUUGAUUGCGAUGUAGAAGCCAACAAACCACUCUGUGCGACUUAUGAUAUCAAAGGAUUUCCAACCAUCAAAAUAUUCCCUCCUGAGCUACGAAAACAUAAAAAGACAGGCAAGCUAAGCAAGGUGCCAACAGACUACCAAGGACCACGAGAUGCAAAAUCUAUUGUUGAUUAUUUAUUAUCUAAUCAACCUUCGAACGUAUUAUUUGUCAAAUGGAAUGAAAAGGAUGUUAAAUCAAAAAAGAGUAUCACCUUGGAUAAUUUCUUAUCUACACAGAACGAAACAUUACCCAAAGCAUUAUUAUUCACCGACAAGCCUACAACUACACCAUUAUAUAAGGCACUCUCUGUCGAAUUUAAAGAUCGUUUACUAAUGGGCGAAGUGAAGCAAUCCGAAAAGAAUAUUGUCAACGAAUUUAAUAUUCAAUCUUUUCCUACUUUGGCUGUCAUUUCCCCUGAACACGGCACGGUCCAAUUCGAAGGCAAGUUGAAGAGAGACGCUUUAAAAUCCUUUUUGGAAAAGUACGCUCUGAAAAGCAAGACAUCCGGGAAUGAUAAUAAAGGUAGCUCUGACAGCAGCCAACCAAAGAAGACGACAAAAGUGGAAGCUAUUACGACGAAUGAUAGCUUAAAGCAACACUGCCUGAAUACAAACCAGAUCUGUGUGCUGGUCAUUACGGACGAUCAAGAUAAGCAGGAAACGAUUGAUAUAUUAAACGUAUUAAAAGACAAGAAUGACAAGUUCCAGUAUGGCUGGAUGCAUGCCAGUCAAUCUGCAGAUAUUGUCAACGCACUUCAACUGCCUCAGGAUUAUCCAUCAUUAUUCAUCUUGCAUCCUUCAAAACAUGCGUUUAGAAAUUACGUAGGCGCAUUUGAUGAAAACAAGAUUCAUCAAUGGCUCAAUCGUGUCAGCUCAGGUGCAGUUGAUGCUUGGGCAUACAAAGGUGACAUUAAAUUGAUUGAAAGGCAACAUGAUGAAUUGUAAGCAACUGCAUUAUUCUAAAAUAAAGCUUUAAACAAAUUCUGACCAAUAAAAUUAAAGUAAGAAGAAAGUCUAAAAAAAAGGUC